UUGAACUUAAGAAAAAACGGCCAGGGGUAUCAGCUGUGAAAGUCAGGAAGCAGAAGACAAAGGCAGUGACGGCACCUGGCAGGUCCUCAGUAAAGUUACUGCUCAGGAAGGUUGGAGGAGUCAAGAUGGUCACCAUGAAGUCAAAAGGCUGCAAGCUCUUCCUGUCUUUGAGCACCGCUAUUCUUAUCACUGCAGUGAUCUCCCUUCUGCUCUAUGCCCUGAUCUGGAAGUCGGGCAACCUCGUUGACCUACCCACCAUGAAAAUUGGCUUCUACAACUUCUGCCUGUGGAAUGAGAGCACCCAUUCUCUCCUGUGUCAUCAAUUUCCUGAGCUGGAAGAGAUGAGGGUGUCCCGGGUUGGAAUUGCCCUGGCUAGGUUAGGUGUCUAUGGGGCUCUUGUCCUUGCACUUUUUGCCUUCCUGCCACUCCUACUGGCCUGGUGCUACGAUAAUGAGGACAAGUGGAAUCUGACAGUGGUGCUCCUGGGGGCUUCAGCAGGGCUGCUGCUUGGCGGACUUUUGCUCUUCCUCUUCUACACCUCUCAGUGGAUCAAACCCUCGAAGCUGGGUGCUGAGUUUCUAGCCCUGGUUGGGGCAGAAGUCAUGCUACUGCUUCUGCUUCUUAUCAUUGUCAAGUACCCCCUUGCUUAUGAGAGACACAGCGUUGAGCCCCAGGGAACAAAGACCUACAUCUACAGAGAGGGCAGCCCUAUAUCUAUGGCCUUACUUGGAAUAGAUAUAAACCCACAAAAGUUUUCCAAGGAUCACUGGGAGUCUGUGAGAGACAUCCCUGUCCAUUUGCCCUCUUCCCCUAAGGAAAGCCGGGGAGGGUAAAACUCGAUUAACUCUUCUCCAUAUCUAUCUCUUGGGUCUUUUUUUUUUCCUUCUACCGUAGAAAAAUAGAUGUGGGAAGACCUUUUU